AUGUCAACAAGUUGUGAAUGCGUUGACAAUAUUCCUGAUUUUUGUUCAUUUUCGGACGGCAAUGGUGAUAAAACAUUGCCAGAUAAGGAAAAAGCUAUAGAAGCAUACACUUUAUGUAUUGAUGAAGGGAAGAAAUGCCUUAGUUUCACUGAAAAUCCAAUUUCAAGAGAAAAGUUGAGUAAGCAGAUAGCCAUAGGGUACAAUGAGAGGGGGUUUGUGCGUUACCAUCAGGUCGAGUUUGAAGAGGCGAUAUCUGACUACAGCAAGGCGCUUUCCUAUGAUCAAAGUCUCUACUUUACCCACUAUAACAGAGGCCUUAUUCACUACAGGCUUGGACGUUUUGAUGAGGCAAUCAAUGAUAUGAGGGAAGCUUUGAGUAUAAAACCUGAUUUCCAGCCUGCCAAGCAGUGCCUUAAACAAGCACAGACGGACAAGCAGACGGACAAGCAGACAGACAAGCAGACGGACAAACAGACGGACAAGCAGACGGACAAACAGACGAACGAGCAGACAAGCACACCUGAAAAACCACAGUGAUGUCUGGAGAUACCAUUUUGAAGACAUAAUAUAUAUUGUUAUACUUACAAAAAUGUCUGUUACAUUCUACGUUGCUUGAUCAAUUUUGUUAAAAUACCUGCACUGCUAUCAGGAAACAGUGAUUAUGUAUUACCAAACAAAUCUGUUUGAAGUAUAUUUGACAAAUGUGUACAUUUUUGGAUUAUGGGUCUAUAGUUUAUCUUUAUUAAAGCCAUCAAUGUAGGGAAAAAAGUGUCAUUCUCAGAGAUAAUAUCAGUGAUAAGAUUCUUCUGGCUUUCUUUGUCAACUAUAAAUAAUAUUUGUUUGCAAUUGUUUUUCAUCACAAAAUAUUGUAUUGUCUACCUUUAAAAAUACAUGGAUUGUUGUGAUGAUAUGUUUAAGACUUUUGUUGACUCUUUUACAAUUACUGUUGUUUGUUGAUUUGAUUGUAUCUCUUUAUUGAAACUUAACUUUCAUAGUUAUAAUUUACUGUUGAUUUCAAUCGAAAAUAUUCGAUUUAUUAAUUGCUUUGAUCUAAACCCCCUAAAGAACAGAGUUUAGGGGAGUAAAUAGGAGUGAGCUUGUCGGUAUGAUAACUUGUAUUGUGAGACAGUCAACAGAUACCAGUCACUGUUGGUUCCAGUCAACAGAUACCAGUCACUGUUGGUUCCAGUCAACAGAUACCAGUCACUGUUGGUUCCAGUCAACAGAUACCAGUCACUGUUGGUUCCAGUCAACAGAUACCAGUCACUGUUGGUUCCAGUCAACAGAUACCGGUCACUGUUGGUUCCAGUCAACAGAUACCAGUCACUGUUGGUUCCAGUCAGCAGAUACCAGUCAUUGUUGGUUCCCAUGCUUAACACCAUAGAAUGCUGGUCAAGUUUGACAGCGGUUACAAACCACUUUUUUGACAAAGUUAUGGCCCCUUUUUCAAAGAAAUAAAAAAAAUACAUUUCUUGUGUCCAGGUUAAGUGUUGGGGUAUAUGUCACUGGUGUGACAUCUCUAGUCAAAUUUCAACUACUGACCAGAAUAUCAACAUUUUCAUUAAAUUUAUUUAUUUAACCUUGGCAUUUAAUAAGCAAUUUUAUAUAUUUCUGAGUUUCUGCAUUACAUAUUUCAGAGUAUGAGGUCAUUAAGAAUAGGAAAUCAUGUAAAAAUAUUUAAUGAAAUGCCUUGAAACCAAAACCACUGUAUAUAAAAGUAUGUCUUUUACAUUAUAUACUGAUAGAUUAAUUUUGUUUACAUCGAUAAUGUCCACAUGCAAGGUGCUGUUUUAUUCUUUGGUACGCAAACUUCAUAUUUGCAUUGAUGGACUUCUUAUGCAUUCCAGAGAUUAUGUUUUCUUCAAAUUGUGUUAGGCGACUGUUCAGUGACGUUUUGUUCUGCUUAUCAGACAAUCCCUUUAUGUAAUUUUGUUCCAGCAGCACAUUUCGUAAAUCUGUAAGUACUUUAUUUUGAGCCUGUAGUACUUGCUAUUGUGGGGGAUAUUUUUGUCAAAAUGUUGAUUUUACGAAAGUUGUUCUACAAUGUACAGUUUUUAUUGACAGUAAAACUCUCUUUUCUUCAGCAUGAUUAAUUUAACAAAAUCCCACAUGUUUAAGACACUUAAAAUAAAACCUCUUAUGAAUGAUGAUCACCACUUCUAGCAAAUCACAAUUGUUUUAUUACGCAUUAUGUAUUGUCCACGCAACUUAUUUUCGCUGACAAAGUAACAAAUACACGCCAUUGAGCUUUAACCAGACUGUAGGUCAGAUAUCGGAUGUACAGUUUAGUGCAUCUGGGAGGCCUGGUGACCAGAUGUUAUUUUGGUAUUAUUUGAAAGUUUUUUUUAUGGGUAUAUAAAGAAUAUGUUAUGAAAAUACAGAAUAAUGUUGCAAACAAACUUUUUUGUCAUUGAAUUCUUGCAGAGUACAGUACAUCCAUAUUUAGUAGAAAUAAAAAAACAAAAUACAAACUGCAAUAGUAUGUUUGGUCAAUGAUGUAACAUAGUAGUAAUCAGCAAAUUAUAAACUUUCAAAUAUCACCAGAAGUAUAUUGGGUCAAUUGGCAUUGAAAUAUAACAUGACUGCCAGUGUUGUGAUAGGUAGAUAAGUUAUUGUCAGCAAUGAGUGCAUAACAUGGACAAUCAAAACAACAUGUACAGUUGAUAUAAAAAUAUUACAUACGUGGAUAUAUGAAUGGUCCAUGCCCUGCUCACCAGCACCAAGGAUAACACAAAAAAGGGUCACAGAGAACCCUUAUUUCCUUUGAGGUCCUUAAUGAACAUUAGUUUUAGCUUGUCUGUACACCAUAUACCUGGGGCCAUGAUAACAAACAGUCUCAAGUCCAUGCAUAGACUCACACUCAGAGAAGAACUAUCAUUAUAUUUAAAACACACACUCUUUUUUCCAUUCUUUUAACAAAAAUAAAGGCAAGUAAUUCAGCAAUUUAAAUUUUAAUAAAAUUCAUCAAAUGUUUUCAUCAAAACUCAACUAGAAGGAAAGUUUCAAUGAAAUAAAGAUUUGCAGUUUUGCCAUUCCAGUCUGAAUGCAACCUUCCGACUGUUCGUAAUCAUAGACCCUGAACUCUAUAUGACUUUUCCUCAUGAAUUCGGAGAAGCUGAAUUUGAGUUCUUCAUAUAAUAGAAAUAAGACCGUAAGUACUUUUAAAGAUUUGUGGCAUUUCCUAUUAGGAAUUCUCACUGUUGUCAUUUGUUUACAUAGCAUUGUGACUUUGUUAUAAUUAUGUUAGUAACUAUUGAUAGUGAUUUUGCUGAUUUGGUCUUUAUUUUGUAGCUAGUUAGGUUGUUGUUUAACUUGACACUCAAAAGAUUUCAUGAAAACACCUUGAUAAAUUCAUGGCUGCUACAUUAUUUUACUUGGAAUUCAUCGUUUUUAGAAUUUUCUAAAUAUAUAGAUUUUUUAUCGUUAAUUUUCUCGUGGGGCUUGCUUCAUUACAUGUAUAUCUCCAAUGAUAUAAUGAAGAGUUCUCCGGUUGCCACAAUGGUUGUUUAUAAACUUAUUUAUGGGACUAUUGCAAUAGUUUGAUAACUGAUAAUAUAUUUUGCAGAAGUAACAGUAAUGUAGUAAUACAGUGACGCAUAUAACCAGGAAUGUUGGAUUUAUGGCAAGCAGGAAUUGGUCUUGUGGUAUAUAUUUUAACUGCCUGUUUUUGGCAUCACAUUACAUCAUUCACACAAAAAGAAAUGAAUAUUAUCCUAACAGUACCCAUGAUCUCUAAUACACAUUACACAUUCAUUUACAGUGACUAGAAACUGAAGUCAUAUUGUUUGGCUAUGUUAUAUUGUAAGCCUUUGUCAAAGUGUUAGCCUUUGUCAUAUUGUUUACCUAUGUCAUAUUGUUAGCCUGUCAUAUUGUUAGCCUAUGUUGUAUUGUUGGCCUAUGUCAUAUUGUUUACCUAUGUUAUAUUGUUAGCCUAUGUCAUAUUGUUUACCUAUGUUAUAUUGUUAGCCUAUGUCAUAUUGUUUACCUAUGUUAUAUUGUUAGCCUAUGUCAUAUUGUUUGCCUAUGUUAUAUUGUUAGCCUAAGUCAUAUUGUUUACCGAUGCUAUAUUGUUAGCCUAUGUCAUAUUGUUUGCCUAUGUUAUUUUGUUAGCCUAUGUCAUAUUGUUUACCUAUGUCAUAUUGUUAGCCUGUCAUAUUGUUAGCCUAUGUUAUAUUGUUAGCCUAUGUCAUAUUGUUUACCUAUGUUAUAUUGUUAGCCUAUGUCAUAUUGUUUACCUAUGUUAUAUUGUUAGCCUAUGUCAUAUUGUUUGCCUAUGCUAUUUUGUUAGCCUAUGUCAUAUUGUUUACCUAUGUCAUAUUGUUAGCCUGUCAUAUUGUUAGCCUAUGUUGUAUUGUUAGCCUAUGUCAUAUUGUAUACCUAUGUUAUAUUGUUAGCCUAUGUCAUAUUGUUUACCUAUGUUAUAUUGUUAGCCUAUGUCAUAUUGUUUGCCUAUGCUAUUUUGUUAGCCUAUGUCAUAUUGUUUACCUAUGUCAUAUUGUUAGCCUGUCAUAUUGUUAGCCUAUGUUGUAUUGUUUGCCUAUGUCAUAUUAACUAUAUGACCCAUUUCUUGUCAUGGUUCAGAGGGUCAGGAGGUUAAAGGUCACAUACCUAUAUAGUAUAGAAUAAUUAUACCCUUUAAUUAUAUAAUCAAAAUGUAAGGUAAUCCAGCAAAUAACAAUUUCAACAUAUUGUUGAAUUUAUGAUAUAGCAAAAUUAACUGUAUCUUAUUUUCUUCAACAAGUCUCUCCUCUGAACGUUUUUACCAGUGACUGCUUAAAUAGGUAGAAUUUUACAUGCAUAGUUAAUAGAUUUAUAUAUUUUUUUUAAAUUCUGGGUUUAUCCUGCAACCAGAAAUUUUAAAUGAUCACACAUUAAUACUUCUAGUGCGCUUACAUCAGGUAUAAAUAUGUACGGUUCAAUGUGUCAUAUAUAUAGAGAGAGAUAAUCACAUCCAUUUACCUUAACUCCAAAGUGACAUCUGAUGUAGUAGAAGUGUGUUAAUUUUUUUGCCUGACUUUGGUAAAAUUUAUUUGUUAAUGAACAGAACAAGCACAAAAUUGUGAAGCAGUAUAUACUUUUACAUUUGGCAAUAGGGAAUAGGUCUGUUUUGGAUUCAAAAUUUCUAGUUAAAACAGGCUGGGUUACAAAGUUCUUAUCUUUGUUUUCUAGUUUCAUCACUUUCAUUACAUGUAUGAGAACAAGUGUUGGCCAGUAUCUAUUUCAAUGUAGUUACUUGUUGUGGAAAUUGUACCGUGGAUCUUCCUGAUGAACACAUUCAACAUGCAUAAUGCCUUCCUCAGAAAAAUUGUAUGUUUUUUUACAUUUGAGUAAAAAUGCCCCAACUUUAUUUUUUAUAUAACUACAAGCAAAGAAAACAUAGAGGAUAAUUGUUUGCUUGAGUGUAUAAUCGUAAUAUAUUUCACCGAGUGAGCACCAAAACCUAUUUCAUGAGUGGCAGAGUGAUAUAUUUACUUAUGGAGUACCCAAGGUGAAAUAUAUUGGGAUCUUAUACAGAAACAAACCAUUCUCUCAUUUCUCUUUUUUAUAUGCCUAAAAAUGAUAUAAAAUGACAGUUAAUUCUAGUUUGAACUGUUUUGCAGAAAAACGUAACAUUGUUUUUGACAUUUCCUCAUUGAAAUUGUUUCCUAGUCCUGUGCACCCUGACGUUUAGUUUUGAAGUGAGAGCGGGGUUAAAAAAAAUUCUAAUUGUUAUUUUACUGUUUUAAACAGUAAAGUUAUUAUAAUUUCAUUGAUAAACCUCUAUAAACCACCAGAAAGCAUAUGAUAAGAAAUAGUAUUCUAUAUUUUGUUAAGUGUUAAGCAAUGACUCAGUAUUUAAAAAAAAAACAUCUUGAAUUUUCAACUCGUAUUCAAAAAGCUUUGAUUGUGUCAAGACUACCGGGGUAACAAAAAAUUGAUUGAGGACACUUGGGUAUGAAGUUUUUGUUUUCUCAGUGACCUAAGUGUACUUUGCUUCUAUGUUAUAUUUAAAUGUCCUCUGCAUUUACAUAUCAGAAAUGUCUAUUUUUUACUUCUGAAAUAAAUAUUGUUUUAUUUUCUCU